AUGACCACUGAAGACCUGUCGGAGGCCGGUCUGGCCGAUAUAAUUCGAGCUCUUGAAGCUAUCCACAGCCCUGCUUCUUCAAAUGAGCUUCGCAAAGAGGCUUUGUCCUUUGUUGAAUCCCUCAAAAAUAGCGACGCGGCAGCUCGUAAUGGCUUUUUACUUGCCUCGCGUGCUGAUCAUGCCUACGUCGUGCGAUACUUUGGCCUGACCUUGCUGGACCAUGUUCUCCGCCAUAUGUCCUUCUCCACUACCGCGUCCAAUACCGAAGAAUCCGCGAACGUGCGCUCGAUGAUCCUACAACUCGCCGAAAACAUUCGCCCCGAAGACCCUGCAUAUUUCCGCAAUAAAAUUCCCCAGCUAUGGUCAGAAGCUGCCAAGAAGAGCUGGACAUUGGAUUGGGUCGAUAUGGAUCAAUCGCUGGUGAAGUUUUGGGGUUCGUCACUGGUACACAAUGAGCUAGUGCUCGCCGUUUUGGAGACUCUGUCCGAGGAUGUGUUCUUCCGCGAGGAUACUGUCUCUUCACUGCGUGGCUCUGAACUCAAUCGUGCGCUGGUGGAGAUCUUCACGCCUGCUGCCAUUGUUGAGCAAAUCAAUCCGGACAAAAACAGAAGUGCGGAACGAUGUGGGGAUGAAGGUUGGCUUGUUCGAAUUUGCGAGUUCUUGGACAAUUGCAUCCAAAAUGCUUCCAGCUCUACCCAGGCUCGUGAUUCGGCUGUUAAAGCCCUGACAACUUUGCGAUCUGCAUUAUCUUGGUCCAUCUACAAAGCGGUUGUAGCGUCGCAAGUCGUAUCCGCAAUUUUCAGGUCAUUGACCUGCCAAGAUGAGCAAGUUCUGUUGGCCGGUAUCGAGGCACUCCAUGCGCUGUAUGGCAGGAGCAAUAUGGGCAACGAAGAGUCCCAGGCUCUUGUCUGUCUCCUUUUCGAAGCCGAGUAUCUCAGCACCCUUCAAAGCUUGUACCAAUGGUCAAUUGUGGGCCCAGAUGAUAUCGAUGAACCCAAAUAUCUCAUUUCUAAGAAGCUCUCCGAGAUGGUUUCAUAUGUUGCCGGCUGCUUAGAAGAUGAUCGCUUGCUGAGGGACACUAUGCACCGCCUGGAUCUGCCCACGUUCUUCAACUUCAUGGUGAACAUCAUGCGACAUGAGAGUUUGACGGUCUCGAUUCCCGUCUUGCAUUUGUGGUCAAGGCUAUUGGCCAUCAACAAAAUCGGCAGAUUGGACUUUGUGGUGGCACAGACGCCAAACCUUUUGAACAUCUGCACCCAGAGAUUGAUCCGCUGGGAAUCACUUCCCACUGAUUCCGACAACCCGACAGUACAGUUCCUCGUAGAAGACAUCGAUACGAUUCCGGAACGUCAUGCCUUUGUUGGAAACUACCGCCGCUAUUGCUCAUCUAUCAUCGAAACCAUUACUUUCAAGCGACCCCAUGAGGCGGUUACUGAGAUUUUAGGCAGGGUCGAUGGUAAUUUGGACAAUCUUUACAAUGGUGCCGAGCCAUUCAGUAUGGAGACCUUCAAUAAAUCUUCUGUUCCGCUUAUGCGAGCAGAUGCGCAAUUUGCGGUGGUCGAGGCAGUUAUCAAGGGCUAUCACAAAUGGAUCGAGGCCCAUGGUAAAUCUCCACAGCAAGACGAGCAAGAACGGAAUGGAUUGGAAUUUGCCGUGGAAAACUGGGCGUCAAGUCUGAUUCAGAGGUCUUAUGAUGACCCUGUAAUGAAACAGCGAGUCAUUAAGGUCGUCGUUGAUGUUUCUUCCAGGGCCUUGGACAAUCACCCUGCUUUUGCUUUGAAAGUCCUCGAGCAUAUCCUGAUGACCCGGCUGCAGGACCGGCCUGAGUUCCCUGCCUAUUCCGAGGCCGUCAAGGAGUUACACGGAUUGGCGAGCCAUGAGCUUCGCCGCCUAGCAAUUCGCUAUGCUGAUUACUUUUCCACGUUUUACGAUCUGCUCGAACCCAAGAUCAGAGAGAUUACGCAGGCUAAUCGUGUCGAUGAUAAGCUUCAAAUGGAACUAACAUCCAUUCUACUUAUCAUCAUGCAACGAGCGAACAACAUCGAUCCGAAUUUACGUAUCAGUCGCCUGGCUUCGUUCCUUGAACCAAUCCGAGAAGCGUGGCAGGAUGAAGAGUUCUGUCGCAUGAGUUCAUCAUUUGAAGGUUUCUGUUCAAUGCUUGGGCUUGAGAAUGUUGGAUCAUAUAUGCAAGCCCUGCAAGCACACAAGUUGUCGGACUGGGCAUCAGCUCCUUUGGACAGCGAAGGAAGGAUCGUCCAGGAGGAGAUGACCAAGAAAUUCCAAAUGCUCCCACUACGGGGUACCAAAACAAUGCUCGCAGUGUCCACGGACAAACUAAAGACCUCAUCUCCGGCAUACGCUAUUGCUUGCAACAUGUGGCAUGAUUUAGUUCCCCAAAUUCUACGGACUCUCCUGCCUCUGCUCAGCAACGUACAUGCCUUUCACAAUCCAUCAAACUGGACAGUGGGUGAUGAAAUGCGAGCAGUGGUUGAGCGCAUUUUGACGGAUCGUUUCUGGCAAGCUGGUAUAUCCAGUGGGAGUCGUGACGACUUCUAUGCCCGAAUCACCGCAUCCAAGUCAACGAUUGAAGGCUUUGCUUCUUCUGUCCGAGGAAAGAUCAGAGCAGUUCGCGAAUCUUGUUACUCUAUGCUUUUCAGCAUGAGCAGGAUGCGGCAUCAGUUCUAUGGAUAUGCCGAGCUCCCGGGUCCUUUAUCCGAAGCUCUUUUCAAAGAUGCGGAGCAUCUAUCUUCUCACCAGUACUCUGUUCUGCUUAAUAUCUCCCGUUGCCUGAUCGAUGACUGCCCUGUGCAGUACCGCAGCCAGUUCCUCCCUCCCAUGCUCUCCACCUUGUUUAGAAGCAUCGACCGCAAAAUCACCACCGAGUGGGAAAUCAUUGAAGAUCGAAAGAACGGACUGGCCGAUGGUGACCUCACCGAUGAGAUGAAAUCUGAGAGCGUGCUUCGUCAGUUGACAUAUUCUGCCGUUAUAAUGGUGGCCAGCUUGUUCGAUCCACAGAGAGGAGACCCUGAUAGAGCCGAGGCAGACCCCAGCGCCCCACAAUCCACUCCUGACCCUUCGGAUUCAAUCCGCCACUUUGUCCUUUCUUCGCCAGAGAUUUUUGAGCCACUUAUGCUUUUCUGUACACAUGCCCUCCGAAUGCGGGAUACCCGAUGCUGCAGCAUCAUCACUCGUGUCAUUCGAUCGAUCCUUCCAGACUUUGCUCCCCCUCAUGACAGCCAAACAACCCUGACUAUCCGCGAAUUCAUCUGUACGGAUGUCCUCAAGGCAUGCAUCACAUCGGUCCAUGAACCGUAUUUUGUCGACAUGCAGAAAGAUUUAGCCCAGCUCAUUGCCUCGAUUUGGGUUCUAUAUGGAGUGGAAACAUCCACCCCUCGAUCUAUCUUCCUCACAUUACCGGGUAUCACUGAAGAUAAGCUUGCACAAACAGAGAACCAACUUCAUCGGUGUGCAUCCCCUCGCCAGCAACGUGCUUUGGUACUUGAACUCCUCGAGUCUCUGCGAGGUGUCAGUAUUGCCGAGCAAGGCAAGAUUCUCGGCUCACGCGAGGAGCGUCGCAAAGCUCGUUCUGCCCUCCAAGAGCGCUAUAUGACCAAUGAGAUGGAAACUCAACAGUCUAAUCACCGGGUCGAUAUCAAUGACGGUCCCGAUCUUUCUGGUGUGGCCGAUAUGUUCGGAUGA